AUGAAGGGUGAAGUCCUUCAAUUUAUGGCUGAGUUUCACUCUCAGGGGAAGAUCGUCUCAGGUCUUAAUAGCUCUUUCAUCACUCUCAUUCCUAAACGGGAGGAACCUUGUGAGUUAAGUGACUUUAGACCCAUUAGUCUCGUUAACUCAGUUUACAAAAUUCUUGCAAAAGUGCUAUCAAAAAGGUUGAAAAGAGUGCUGCCAGAAAUUAUUAGUGAAGCUCAAACAGCUUUUUUGGGUGGUAGAUCUAUUCUUGAUGGUGUUUUGAUCGCGAAUGAAGUAGUACAUUGGUGGAAAGCUGCAAAAAUGAGAGGCAUCAUUCUAAAGUUAGAUUUCGAAAAGGCAUAUGAUUCAGUUAAUUGGGAGUUUCUACUUUCUAUGAUGAGGAAUUUCGGCUUUGGGGAGAAAUGGUUGGGUUGGAUCAAAUCAUGCCUCUCAUCAUCCAGAGUAUCUGUUUUGGUCAAUGGAUCUCCAACAAAAGAAUUCGCUCCUCAGAGAGGGCUCAGGCAGGGAGAUCCAUUAUCCCCUCUUUUGUUCAACAUUGUAGCAGAAGGUUUGAACAUUUUGAUUGAAAGAGCAAAGGAGCUGGGGCUGGUUAAAGGAGCUUCUGUGGGGCCUACUGAGUUGAAAUUCUCUCAUCUGCAAUUUGCUGAUGAUUCAAUCAUAUUCUGUGAGGCGGUCCGAGGUGAAUUGGUGCACAUUAAGAGAAUUUUGCGUUGCUUUGAGGUGCUUUCCGGCUUAAAGAUCAACUUCCACAAAAGCUUGUUGUGUGGUGUAGGUGUACCUGAUGGUGAGGUUAACCAGUUUACCUCCAUUUUCAACUGCCGUAGUCAAAAACUCCCUUUUAAUUAUCUGGGUCUACCCCUAGGGGCUAAUCCCAAUAGGAAAAGUACAUGGCAACCUGUAAUUGAGAAAGUGAAAAAGAAGCUAGCUAAUUGGAAGAGGAAAUUUCUAUCUUACGCUGGCCGUUUAACCUUGAUCAGGUCAGUCCUCUCUUGUAUGCCCAUCUAUUUUCUAUCUAUUUUCAAGAUCCCUGUGGGAGUAGCUAAACAGAUUGAGAAGAUUCAGACAGCAUUCUUAUGGGGCAAAUCUGAACUUAAGAGGAAAGUCCACUUGGUGAAAUGGGCGGAUUUAACAGUGGAUAAGUCACAAGGGGGUCUGGGGCUUAGAAAUCUACGAGAAGUCAACGCUUGCCUCUUGUUAAAAUGGUGGUGGCGGUUUGGUGUGGAGGACAGAGCUAUAUGGAAACAAGUAGUGAGGUGCAAAUAUGGUCUGGGUGCUGGUGGCUGGGUACCUUCCAUUCCAGAGACUAGUUCAGUGUCAAGAAUUUGGUCUGAUGUUGUUCAUCUUGGGGCAUCUAGUCCUGAACUGAUGGAGUACUAUUUAUCCAAUUUUAAAAUUCUGGUAGGAAAUGGGCAUCAUAUUCUUUUUUGGGAGGAUAAGUGGUUAAAUAAUCUAUGCCUCAAGGCGGAAUUUCCCAGAUUAUACAGGCUGUCCGUGGAAAAGGGUUGUUCACUUGUGCAGAUGCAUCAUAAUAGAGGGUCGGCACUCGAGUGGAAGUUUCUGUUUAGCAGAGUUCUGUUUGCUUGGGAGGAGGAGGAGGUCGCUAGGUUGCAAGAGGUUCUAAGGGGCACACUUGUUCUUACAGACCAAGCAGAGGAUUCUUGUUUAUGGAUGGCAAAUCCCUCAGGAUCUUACUCCGCGGGUGUGUCUUGGAAGUGGUGGAUGUUGUCAAAAGGUCCAGUCAUAAGUGUUGCUGACAUGUUGUGGAAGAACUCCGCUCCACCCAAGGUGAAAUUCUGCAGCUGGUUAGCUUGGAAAGAAAGACUUAAAACUUCGGUGUUCCUGAAAAGGAUUGGUGUGUUGAACUCGGAAGCGAACACAGUGUGCCUGCUGUGUAAAACAGAGGAGGAGUCUUUGAACCAUUUGUUGUUGUCGUGUCCUGUGGUUUGGAAACUAUGGUCAGACAUGGUUAAAUGGUGGGAUCUGGUUUGGGUGGUUCCAGGUACAGUCGAGGGAUUGCUACAUUGGUGGGCAGGCUAUAAAUUUAAGAAGGAGAUCCAACCAUUGUGGAAAGUUGUCCCUGUAGCAGUUGUGUGGUCAAUCUGGAAAGCUAGGAACGAUUGUCUUUUUCACCAAAAGAGUGUUGAAGGGUUUGAUUUGGCUGAGUUGGUUAAAGUGAGGAUAGCUUUUUGGUGCAAGCAUAGCCGUGGAGUAUACGGGUUUAAUGUACAUGGGUUGAUUGUCAAUGGGUUGAAUGCCCAUCAGGCUGUUGAAUGCCUAUCAGGCUUUUGUGGGAACAUCUUUUAUUUUUCUUUUCUUUUGUUGGUUCCUCACCAACAGGCGCUUGGAGCUUCGUGUAUGGAUACACAACAAGAUGGUUACUUUACCAAUCUUUUACAAGAAAGGCCCAACAUUGAUGAACAUUAUCUAAUGGAAUCUCAAUAUUUGAAUCAAAGCACUCAAGUCUUCGCCCAAGAGUCUCAAUUUACUACUGAAAUUGAAUCUUUGUCGAAGAAACCUCAACGUGGAGGAAACUUCACAAUUGAAGAAGACAAACUCCUUGUAUCAGCUUAG